ACACAAUCAACCUUUUCCCUCCCCCUCAAUUUUAUUUAUAUAGAAACAAUACAGUUCAUAAACUUCUCGAUCGUUCAGUUUCAUAAAUUCCAUGGAGCUGUUCCAGAAGACCAAGGUUGUCAAGCUCCGGAGCCACCUCGACAAGUACCUGGUCGCAGAUGACGACCGGGAGACCGUGAGGCAGAGCCGGAACGCGAGCUCCAGCAAGGCUAGAUGGUUCGUGGAGACAAUCGAAGGGAAGAACGGGUCGAUCCUCCUGAGGAGCUGCCACGGGGGAUACUUGACUGCCUCCGAUGCACCGUUCCUACUAGGGAUGACCGGAAAGAAGGUGAUGCAUACCAUGCCUGAGAAGCCAUCUGGUGACUGGAACUUGCAGUGGGAGCCCAUCAGGGACGGGUUUCAGGUGAAGUUGAGGAGUUGGUGCGGGAAGUAUCUGAGGGCAAAUGGUGGGACGCCGCCCUGGCGGAACUCGGUCACGCACGACGAACCGCAUAGCGGGGUCACCCAUAACUGGAUCCUGUGGGACGUGGAGGCAGUGAGUGACUCAGAGUUCGAUCAGUCAUCGGAGGACAGCCUAUCGUACAUGUCGAGCUUCUCGUCGGUCAAUCCGGAUGAUGUCCUUGUGGGUGCGGGUGAUGAAGUAAUUACUUGGUCUCCCAUGGCCGCUCUGACUCCAAGGAAGUCUAGUUCGAAGUGGUAUUUAAGAAAGCAGCAGAAGCAGCUGCCGCAGAUCAGCAGCAACAAGUACAGGACGGGGAUGGAGUUCUUCCAGAACGCCAGGGCGGUGAGGCUGAGGAACCGGCACGACAAGUACCUGGUGGCGGAGGAGGACGAGGAGUCGGUGACCCAGGAGCGGAACGGCUCCUCCAAGGCCGCCCGUUGGACCGUCGAGUUCGUCCUCAACUCCGACUCCAUCAUCCGCCUCAAGAGCUGCUACGGCAAGUAUCUCACCGCCUCCAACCAGCCCUUCCUCCUCGGCGUGACCGGUCGCAAGGUCCUCCAGACCCUUCCCCGCCGCCUCGACUCCUCCGUCGAGUGGGAGCCCGUCCGGGAAGGCACCCACGUCAAGCUCCGCACCCGCUACGGCAACUUCCUCCGGGCUAACGGCGGCCUCCCCCCCUGGCGCAACUCCGUCACCCACGACGUCCCCCACCGGACCGCCACCCAGGACUGGGUCCUCUGGGACAUCGACGUCAUCGAGAUCCUCCUCCAGUCCCCUACCGACAAGCGCCCCGUCGAGCCCCUCUCCCACAUCGACUCCAUGGGUUCUGACACUUCCCCUUCGUUUGCAUCCGCCAACUCCGGCAACUUUUCCCGGGAGGAGUCGAUCGAUUCUCAUGUGGGUUCACCUCCGAAAUCCGAUGGGAGAAUGAUAUACUAUCACCUCGCGGAUGAAAAUGGGAAUGUGGAAGGAGAAGACAUGGAAGGGUAUUCCUUUAGCUUCAAAGGCAACAACUUGGAGGAAUUGACUCAUAAGUUGGGGGAAGACACAGGGAUGGAGGAGAUCAUCGUGUGCUCUCGCAGCCCACUCAAUGGGAAGCUCUUCCCCCUCCGGCUUCAGCUCCCACCAAACAAUGCUACUAUGCACGUUGUUGUGGUCCCAUCAUCCUCGAUAGUGGUUACAGACUUUCAAAAGCAAGGAGUUCUAUAGUCGGCACCGCCAUGAUAUCUCGGAGUCAUUCAGAUCCUAAACCGAUGUACAUUCGAUGCAGUUCUAUAUACAUGCUAUCAGGAAGAAAUCAGGAGCCAAUAUAGUGCUUUCUCCUCAUACUUUAUGCCUGAAGUUCUACCGAGGAUCAGCUGGUAAAAUGCUGAACCCAGGACCCAGGAAGUGUUCGCCUCUUAUGGAUUGCAGCUCAAUAUUGUGCCUGUGAAUCUGUCGCCCUGCCUUGCUUUUAGUUCAAUGAUUCUUCCUUUGAUUGUGAAUGUACAAAUUUUGUGUUUUCUUCAUGCAUAUUGAGUAGAGGAGAUGGUCGAUUGGGCGACUUUCUUUGUUUUAUUGUGUUUCAUUCUUUUUAACCUUUCUGUGUUUGCAAUAUUGAUAAGACAAUCGAAAAUUACAUGA